ACGACUCCAACCCGGAUGCGAUGUACUAGUCAUUUCUUUAGGCGCAAAGCGUGAGGCAAAGGCUCGUGGGCUGAGCUUAAAAUUAGGUUAAGAGAACUUAGAUACAACUCUUGACACGUAAAACAGAAACCCUAGAACUCGCAAAAUACAGUAACGGCUACUGCUGUGUAUUUUCUGGGUUUAACCACUAGAACCCUAGCUUCUCCGAUCCUUUUCAGAACUUACUUUUCUUUUUUGUGAGGAUUGAGCUUCUAAUCUUCUGUAAUGGCGGUUUUUGAGUACUUCGAUAACAUGUAUGAUAUAAGAUUAAAACCUAAAUUACUUCGUUCGUUGAUAAAGGAUUACUUACCAGAUGAAAAACAGCCAAUUCCAAGUCCGUCACAGCUAUCAUAUAUUGUUUCUACUAUUAAAACUCAUGGUCUUCUUUCUGAAUGUGUUAGUAGUAAUAAUAAUGAACCAGUUGAACAGAAGCAUAUGGAUAAGUGGAAAACUACUGUUGAUUCUUGGGUUGAAAGAUUACUUCUACUCACUUCUAGCAAAAUGCCAGAUAAAAUUUGGGCAGGAAUCUGUUUAAUUGGGGUUACUUGUCAAGAAUGUAGUGUGGAUCGAUUUGUAGCGUCGUACUCUCUGUGGUUCCAAAAGCUUCACUCUCAAAUUCAGUCGUCUUCAGAUUCACAUUUUGUGAAGGUUGCUACAUGUGCUUCAUUAUCUGAUAUGUUCACAAGGUUGGCUGGAUUUUCAACUAUGAAAAAAGAUGCUACAAACAACGCUGGGAAACUUACACAACCCAUUCUGAAGCAAUUAGCUGAAGAGUCCUCGGAGGCUGUGUUGGACGGAGCAGUUGAUUUGUUAUGCACCCUUAUUAAAUAUUUCCCAGCAUCUGUGCAUCGCCUCUAUGACAGUGUUGAAGCUGUUAUUGUUUCAAAAAUUAUGUCAGGGAAAUGCAGUGCUGUCAUGUUGAAGAAAUUCGCUGAUUGCUUAGCAUUGCUCCCAAAGAUAAGGGGAGAUGAGGAAAGCUGGUCGCUGGUGAUGCAAAAAAUUUUAAUAUCAGUAAACGGUUAUCUGACUGAUGCCUUUCAGGGUCUAGAAGAAGAUAGUGCAUCUAGAGAGUUUCUUAGACUCUUGGUUCUACCAGGAAAGGAACCCCCUCCUCCCUUAGGUGGUAAUUUGUCAGUUCGGACCUCAAAUCCAGCAGAAAAUAGGUCCGAGAAAUUGCUACUAUCCAGGGUUUCUACGCUAAUGUUAUGCUGUUGCACAAUGCUAACCAACCCUUAUCCUGUUCAGGUGACUAUUCCUGUUCGGCCUUUACUAGCUCUAGUUAAGAGAGUUUUGCUAGUUGAUGGCUCUUUGUCAGAAGCCUUGAUGCCAUUUAUGACAGUCAUGCAACAAGAGUUUAUCUGUUCAGAGCUUCCAGUUUUGCAACUGAACAGCUUGGAUCUUCUGACUGCAAUAAUCAAGGGAGUGCGCAGUCAACUGUUGCCCUACGCUGCAGAUGUUGUCAGACUUCUAACAAAGUAUUUCAAGAGAUGUGCGUUUCCUCCGUUGAGGAUAAAAGUGUACUCAAUCACAAAGAUAUUACUGAUAUCCAUGGGUGUUGGAAUGGCACUAUACCUCGCUCAGGAAGUAAUCAACAAUGCAUUUGUAGAUCUGGUUUCCCUUCGCAAUGAAAACAGUGUUGCAUCCUCCAGCAUAAACGCAAAAGCUGCUACUGAUUUAAAUCAACCUGGCAACAGGAAAAGAAAGCAUGGAACUGUACGUGGGGACCAACAGAGUGGAGUUAACUUGGAGGUGGCAUUGCUCAAAAGCAAAUCAGCGACUCCUAUUUCUGUUCAGAUAGCUGCAUUACAGGCACUAGAAGCUCUUCUUACAGUGGGCGGUGCUUUGAGAUCAGAGUGUUGGCGAUCAAACAUUGAUUUACUUCUGAUAACUGUAGCAACAAAUGUGUGUGAUGGAGGUUGGGCCAGUGAGGAUAAAAACGCUUCCGUUUCAUCUGGUGAACAGAGAACUUGGGCAAAUUUGCAGCUUGCGGUCUUGCAUGCAUUGUUGGCAUCUCUUCUGUCCCCAUCUCGUGUCUGCCCCCCAUAUUUGUCCAGGGGUCUUGAACUUUUUCGUAGAGGAAAGCAAGAAACAGGAACAAAACUCGCUGAAUUCUGUGCUCAUGCACUCAGGGCCUUGGAAGUGCUCAUACAUCCUAGGGCCCUUCCAAUGACAGAUUUUUCUAGCACCCACGAAACUUUUGGACAAGGGUUUAACCAAGAUAACAUAUUUUCUAGUUCUAAGCAAAACCGAUUUUCGGGAGGCAUACUGGGUAUGACUGAACCGGAUCCAGAUGAUGACUUAUAUGAAAGCUGGCUAGGGAAUGGAGAAGAAACUGAGGCCCCAGUUAAAAAUACAGAUCAGGAAAUGAAAGAUGCAAUGGUUGAACCUUCUACUAAAGAAAUUCAGCUGACGGCUACAGAUUAUCCAGCAGGAAAAGGUGAUGGUAAAGGGGUUGCAGAAGAAGAAAAGAGAGAUAAGUUUGUAGUCGAGUCAGAGAGAGCCCAAGCGCCCUCAGGUGGAGAUGUUGGGACUACUGGGGAAGCUGUUAUGGAGCCCACAAUUAGUGUCGGAGUUGGUGAAAGGGAGAAUAAAACGACUAACAAAGUAAUCGUAGCGGAAAGUAGUGCACUGGAUCCUAAUAGCAAAGAUGGUGUAACUACUGUAAUGGAAGGAAACCAAAUGAAGUCGAGCAAAGGAGUCAUUUCUGCGGCAGUUCCUAGUGGUGAUACUCCUAAAACACUGUCUUGGAAACAAAUAGAGAGACAGCCGGGAGAUGAUGACUCUGAUCUAGAUUCUUGUCCAGAUAUUGUAUAUGCAGACCCAGAUUCUGACUAGUUUGCAUGGUAGACCAAAAUGAGACCAUGUAUUAGUGAAAAGAUGGAGGAGAGCAUGUAGAAUACUGAUUUCAGUUUUGUUUUUGAUAGCUAAGCUUGAGGUAUUUACUUUUUUAUUUAGCAAGGCUGCAGUUUGUAAGGCGCCUUUUAGAAUUACCACUAGAAGGAUCUUUUAUGUUCUAAUACAAUACAAAAGUAAAAUGUGUGGGACAUGUGAAGCAAAUUUAUGUGCCAUCUUGGUCGUUGUAAUUUAACUACAAAAAGAUAUGCAAAAAUGGCUCUGAGGAUCGGGCAACCAAUUGAGUCAACUCAGUGCUAAACUUUUUUG